GUUGGCAGCUGCAGGUGAAGCAGAGCAGAGAACGCUGCGAGAGGAGCCUGUGAAGCGAUUCCCACCGUCUCCGGAAUCUCGUUCUGCCCUGGAUUUCAGUUUGUGGAAAUGAGCAGUCGUAAAUCAAAGAGUAGCAACUUAAUACAAGCAGACUACCUUUCACAGGUACAAAGAAUUUUACGUGAAAGAUUUUGUCAUCAGAGUCCAAAUGAUAACCUAUUUGGAGUACAAGUACAAUAUAAACACUUAAUUGAGCUGCUAAAAAGAACUACUAUCCAUGGAGAAAGUAACUCUGUUCUCAUUAUUGGACCCCGAGGUUCAGGAAAGACCAUGUUAAUAAACCAUGCUUUGAAAGAACUAAUGGAAGUAGAAGGAGUGAGUGAAAAUGUAUUACAAGUUCACUUAAAUGGACUGCUGCAGAUCAAUGAUAAAAUUGCCCUGAAGGAAAUCACAAGACAGUUAAAUCUGGAAAAUGUAGUUGGAGAUAAAGUUUUUGGUAGCUUUGCUGAAAACCUUUCAUUUCUUCUGGAAGCUUUAAAAAAAGGUGACCGGACUAGUAGUUGCCCAGUGAUCUUCAUAUUAGAUGAAUUUGAUCUUUUUGCUCAUCACAAAAACCAAACACUCCUCUAUAACCUUCUUGACAUUUCUCAGUCUGCACAGACUCCAGUAGCAAUUAUUGGUCUUACAUGCAGAUUGGAUAUUUUGAAACUUUUAGAAAAAAGAGUGAAGUCACGAUUUUCCCACCGGCAGAUACACUUAAUGAAUUCAUUUAGUUUUCCACAGUAUCUUAAAAUAUUUAAAGAACAAUUAUCUCUACCUUCGGUAUUUCCAGAGAUUUUUGCCGAGCAAUGGAAUGAAAAUGUACAGGGUCUCUCAGAAGAUAGAAGUGUGAGAGAAGUGCUGCAGAAGCAUUUUAAUGUCAGCAAAAAGCUGCGUUCAUUACACAUGCUACUGAUGCUUGCUUUAAAUCGUGUAAUACCAUCACACCCAUUUAUAACUGCAGCAGAUCUGAUGGAGGCAAACCAGUUGUGCAGCAUGGACUCGAAAGGAAAUAUUGUGCAUGGUCUGUCAGUCUUGGAAAUCUGUCUUAUCAUAGCAAUGAAACAUUUAAAUGACAUCUAUGAAGAGGAGCCCUUUAAUUUUUAAAUGGUUUAUAAUGAAUUUCAGAAGUUUGUUCAAAGAAAGGCCCAUUCUGUUUAUAAUUUUGAGAAACCUGUUGUCAUGAAGGCGUUUGAACACUUACAACAAUUAGAAUUAAUAAGGCCCAUGGGAAGAACAUCAGUAAACGCACAGGGGGAGUAUCAGCUGAUGAAACUACUUUUGGAUAAUACACAAAUUAUGAAUGCUUUGCAGAAAUACCCCAACUGUCCUACAGAUGUUAGGCAGUGGGCGACAUCCUCCCUAAGCUGGUUAUGAUUAUAACCAUGGUUUCAGUUAUGGAGUUUCAGGCAGACUUCUUCUAAAGAACUAAAAGCUGUUGUCCUUUAACAAGAUAUGUUAUUACCUUUUCUUAUAUUUAUAAAGAUGUAUUUUUGUAUUUAUGGGAGACUGUUAAACAUGUAUCAUGGCUGUGCCUUGCCUUUGAAUCAUAUGAGCAGUUACAUGAUUGUAAGUUUUAAUUUCAGUGAUACAUUGUUAAGUAACUGUUCAAAAAAAUAAAUAUGACUAUCUUA